UCAGAUGCUGCUGCUGAUAUCAAUCGUUACACUGGUUUUGGUUUCACUCACUCACACUCAACUCUUUAAUGAGAUAAGAACAUAUUGUAAGUGUAAGUGGACAUAAAACGGGUGAGUGCUGUAGUGCGUUUGGAAAGACUGAAGAAGGCUAGGCUUGUGUGGUUCGUUGUGAGGUUGCAUGCGUUGCGUGCGUGCUUUAAUCCAGGUAGUUUUGCUUACAGGUAGAACCCAUAGUUUACUUGUUUGUGAAUUCCUAUAGUUCUCCCUGAUCGAUUUACUUGCGGUCGAUGUAUUUACUUGAAUAUAUAACUUUCCUUUUAAACUGAAGUUCUCUCGUUUUACAAGAAUGAGCGACACAUUCGCUGCUCCCUUUGCACUGUUAGUAGGGUCCAGUUUCGCUUUCUCUGGAUUGUUCUACCACUUGUACCAAGAAAAGAAGAAGGAAAUAGUGAAACUUAAGGAGAUACCGAAAUUCCAACCAGAUCAUCACCUUCUUAGAAUUCUAAAAGCAUCUCCGCAACAUCGACUACAGUAUGUUGCAGUUGAGGGUGUGGUUCAACCUGAUGCUGAGCCCUUGGUCAGCCAGUUUGUGCCUAAAUGUUUUGGAGUUGUCCAGAAAGUUAUUGUUCAGGAGGACUGGAAAGUGUGGAACAACAUAACACAGAGAUGGUCCAACAAGACAGUGGACCGGAAGGUGACCAACAACGCGGUCCCGUUCAGCUUGGCGAGUCUAGGCGCCUAUUACACAGAUAUCCUUGUGAAGGUGCAGUGCCCACUGGACUCCUCGGGGGACUUCCUGGAGCUGGUGCACCAGCAGAAGAAGCGCGCCCAGACGGGCCUAGUGGGCGCCGUGCUGCAAGGCGUGAGCGGCGAGAAGCCCGUGAGCCAGGACGUGCGGGAGGAGAUGCUGAGGGUCGGCACGCCACUCACCGCCUUUGGCGAGGUGGUCCUCGAGUACGGGGACGCGGUCCGGAUACAGCCGCCCCGGGACGGCCGGACCUACGUGUUGACGGUGGGCGAUCACCGCAGCUUCAUAGAGAGGCACGAGAGCACGGCGGGCUGGUGGAGAGCGCUGUCGGCCUUCUGUGGCAUCACCGGAUCGGCCGUGCUGGCGGGGAUCAUCUACGACGCCAGCAAGGGACGCGGCGGCAAGAGGGACUAGUCUUAACUCGACACACAGGUGGUGGGAAUCGUAUAUGGCAAGGCCUUUAACCUCGACAAUAGUUUGACCAAAUCAGUGAUUUAGAAAUAAUGACUACUCCUAACAUGUCUGACUUUCAUCAAACUUUUUAAAUCAAAUGUGAAAUGUGCCCAUGCAAUGUGAGGAAACGCAAAAAGCUUGGCUGCAGCAACUGCAGGCUUGAGUAUGGCCAUGAAAAUGCACUACCUCUCCAGAGUAAAAAACACACGGCCAUAAAGUAUUAGGUCAUAGAUAUGAAUACCUAGAUUCUACAUUGGUAUUCAUAUGUAUUAGGUGCUGCUAGGUUUGAGGUGUUCAUUAACAUUGAAUCUCAUCGUUGUCUCCACUGUUCUUACCGGUAGUUUCAUUUCCUGGUUUGGUGGUUUUACAAUAGUUGCCCCACUUUCACUUUCAUUGAGAUUGGCUUAACCUCAGGUUCUGUACUGCUAGUCCUCAUUCUUAAAACAUGACUUGUUCAGUCGCAACACUGCUGCUUACCCGCUCCUUAACACCUGCCAUGCAAUGCAAUACAAUCAGUGGUGCUCCAAUCAAAUAGCUUUCCAUCAAUUUUUUUCUGUUUACUGGGAAUUAUAUGAGCAAUGGUUCAAUCAAAAGUAUUUUGUGUUUUUCUCUGUUGAUGAACACAAAAUAUUUAAUGAAUACAUUUUAACAAAUAUGCCUCACCUGUAUUUGGAUUAACACAACCAAUUAAGUAACUGUAGCAACCAUGAAACCGCUGACAAAAAAUAUCAAACAAUGCUAAAAUCAGCCGUUUCUCAGGCGAACUUUGUGGACCUGAUUUAGAGGAGUUAACAUUGUUAUGCCAACUAUUCACAGGCACUAAAUAACACGGCAGCAGAUGCAAAAUAUAUAUAAGAAGAGUUCACACAGAUGUCCAUGUGGGAGUAGUCCCAUGCUGUGCCCUGGGUCAGGGCGUGUACUUGGUGUGUCCCUCUAUCAGGCUCCUGCGCUUCCCACUUCAGUCGUCCUCCUCUGAUGACUCCUCGGCCUCCUCCAGCCACUUGAUGAACUUCAGUAGCUGAGGAGGGACACAGCUUUUUUACUCUCACUAUGAAAUCAACACUCACUUCUAGAUUGCCAAUGUGCACAUGGUGGUGGUAACUAACACAUGAUUUUGUAUCAGAGGGAUCAAAUCCAAAUCAAUAUGCUGCUAUAAAGGCUCCAUGAUAAAACCCGCUGUCUGUCUGUACUACUUAUUUAGCAUUAGCGUAAUUUAAGAAAGGAAUGGUAUGUGUACAUUCAACUUUAGACAGAUUGUCCAAAUUCCUAUCAGCUCUGCAACAGCUCUAUUUGGGACUUAAAAAGCUUGGGCCCUGCUAGUUGUGGUUGUGCUCACCCCUUGGUUUUUGCGUAGCAGUUUGCUUUUGUCUGUGGUGGCCCCCUGAGAGAACCAACGCAUGAUGGCAUCCUCCUCCAGAAUCUCCAGCUGGUAUGUGUUCAUCAGCACCUGAAACAGGGUUGAUAGGUUACCUUAGCCCGUACAGCGAAACUUCCAAUCCAGCUCCAAAGAGAAUGGCCAUUUUGAGAUGCCAUGUAGAGACCGUUUUAAAGGGGAACUAAUGCAGGGUUUUUUUUUAGCUUCAUUUAUGGUAACUGAACAGCUUCGGAGUCAUUGGAAUGGUUUUGUCUUUUUUUGGGUGGGAUGGUGGCUGUCUCGCUUCCCCAUAGCGCCUGUGAGCGGAAAGCCACCCUUGCAAGAUGACUCAGUCAGAUCUCAAAUCAGAUGACUCAAAAACGGUAAAGUUGAAAAAUAUUAACUUUGUCCAAGCUCCCUAGUCAAAUAACGACUACAUUUACCAAUUUCCACUAUACCUCUCACUAUACCCACAUCUCUAGCCCUUUUAGUUCCACAUGAUAGGAAAGGCUCUGAAGAGCUGCUCUUACUUUGACCAGUGCUCCCCAAUGACCCUCGUGUUCCAGGAAGAACUCCUCCAUGGAGCCCAGACAGUCUAGAUGGUCCUGGGCCCUCUUCACAUAGUUCUUGAAGACAGGCGCCCAUUUCUUUAAAAGCUGUGAAAAGGGAACAGAGAAGCCUCUAUUUUUAUUAUCAUUUCCUGGCGAGCUUUAAUAAUCAAUCUUUGUCAUAAUUAUGGAAUGGAUUAACUGAUUGCCCUUACGCUUCUCAAAAAGUUGCCUCGUGUAUCACCGUAAUAAGCAUACAGUUAUAACCUCCAAUAUGUAUAAUUUACAACACUGGUAUCUGAUUUGAGAUAAGCCCAAAUGUUGGAUGAAAAUAGUUAAAGGGAUAACUUUUACAAUGUUACACAUUUAGAGUUAGAGAAUGUACAUGUGUAGAAAACCAUUGCAAUCAGAGUCCUGCAUACUAUUACACCACUGGCGUUAUCACUUGGCUGUUACAUGUGACUACUGAUAGCAGGGCCACCCACCGGGACGAGUAAUGUGCAGUACUGGGCUGUGGUCAACUGCUCCCCCUGCUGGUAGAAGGGGUACUCCAGCGCUACUCUCAUGAGGAUCUGCAUGACUUCCUUCAGGGUGAUAUUAUAAGCAUACCUGUUGAAGAAAGCAAAGCAAAACAAAACAAUAAAUACAUGGACUUUGUUUGUA